GAAUUUGAAUCGUUAGGCCGUCACUCGUGGCGGUGUAAAAGUAAAGUUGGGAACGAACGAGAAUCCACUUUGAAUGUUAAUCCUGCUAUGGAAAUGCCUACACAAAUGUGUCUACCUGUAAAAUCUUGCAAAGCAGUCAAAUGUUGCUGUGGUAAAGUCUGCAAAGGAGCUCGUGGACUUAAAAUGCACCAACGAAGCUGUAGAGUUAUUGACGACCUUGAAGACGAACUGCAACAACAAAUGACUGAAGCAUUGAACGACGACAAUCAUGAGGACAACACUGACCCAGUUAACCCUGAAAUAUCACCUUUGAACACCCAAGAAAACUUCCCCGAUUUAAAAAGGGGGAUAAAACUACCCAAAUCGCCAUUACAAUGGUCAACUGCCAACGACUUUUUCAA